AUGGCGAGCUGCUGGGUCUGGUCCCGCAACACCUGCGUGUGCUGUCUGUCCGAGGACGAGCAGAUAAGCCUGGCUAUCCACAAGAAGAUCCAGAAUGAGCUGAAAAAACAGAAAAAGAAAGAAAGGAAAGAAAUCAAAAUCCUCCUGUUAGGAACUGGGGAAAGUGGCAAAACAACUUUUAUCAGACAGAUGCGUAUCAUCCACGGCAAGGGAUUCUCUGAAGAAGACAGAAAGACCUUUUCUAAAUGUAUAUUUCAGAACAUCUUCACCUCCGUCAAAGCCAUGACAGCUGCUAUGACGGCACUGAAAAUCCCCUACUCCAACCCGGAGAAUGAGGUCUAUGCCAAGUGGAUCCAGGACAUAAACACAGUGCAGAUUACACACAUGGAGAGGGGCUACGUGGACGCCAUCCGCCGCCUCUGGGCAGACUCGGGCCUUCGGGUUUGCUACAGCCGCCGCUGCGAGUACCAGCUCCUCGACUCCACCGAGUACUACUUGAGCAACUUGGACCGCAUUGCAUCCUCAGAGUACAUCCCUACAGAGCAAGACGUGCUGCGAGUGCGAUUCCCAACCACAGGCAUCCACGACUACUCCUUCACUAUCAAGAAAAUCACUCUCAGGAUUGUUGACGUGGGCGGUCAGAAAUCAGAGCGCCGCAAAUGGAUUCACUCUUUUGAAGAUGUCACGUCUCUCAUCUUCCUGGCGUCUCUCAGUGAAUACGAUCAGGUCCUGGAGGAAAAAGACACUAUUAACCGCAUGACUGAGAGUUUGUGCCUGUUCUCCACCAUCAUCCACUCGCCCUGGUUCCUCAGCACCUCCAUCAUACUGUUUCUCAACAAGACUGACAUCUUAGCUGACAAAAUACAAACUUCGGACUUGAAGAAAUACUUCCCCAACUUCCCUGGUCAGAGGCAGAGCGUGGAGGAUGCAAAGACAUUUAUCAAGAAAAUGUAUGAGGAGCAGUCCGUCAACAAGACCCUGUACCCCCACUUCACCUGCGCCACGGACACCCACAACAUCCGGACGGUUUUUGAAGACGUAAAAGACACGGUUCUGCUCAAGUCACUGGGAGACUACGGCAUUCUAUGA